AUGGCUGUGGCCUCAAAAUUCUCACGCCGCUUCUUCAAUAAUCCGUUUCCCCUCUUCUCCUUCCAUUUCUCAUCCUCCACAGCUUCAUCGUUGCCGCCUCCAAUCCGAGUCGCGCUCACCGACUCCGUGGGCCGCGCCGUCUUCGCCACGCGCUCCAUCGCCGCCGCCGACCUCAUCCACACCGCCAGCCCCGCCGUCUGCCACCCCUCUUCCGCCCGCCCCGCCUGCUACGCCUGCCUCGCCUCGCUUCCCCACUCCCAACCUCUCCGCUCGCCCUUUUGCAGCCAACACUGCCACCAGCGAUCCAAGGGAUAUUACGAUGUUGAGAUGAAUGCAAAUUGGGUGGCUUUUGAUGACUAUUGUGGGACUCGUGGUUUGAAGUAUCCCUUUCUGGUAAAGCGAUUGGUUUGCAUGGUCAUAUCAGGAGAUGCCAGAAGUGACACUCUUGACAUACUUCAGCCUGCCAAUUUUACGCCUGAGAUGGUCUCAGAGAUGGAGGAGGAGUUUGUCUUGCUAAAGAGUGCCUUCACGAAGGCACUUAUUGGAGAUGAACAUAUUGCCUUUUUAACUAAGCAAUGGUACAUCAAUGUUUUGGCACGAAUUCGAAUCAAUGCAUUUCGCAUCGAGUUGGCCGGAGGACCGUAUGAAGAUCUUCUAUCAUUAGCUGUUGCAUCUGUGGAAGCUGAGGCUGCUGUUGGAAAUGCCGUCUAUGUACUUCCAUCCUUCUACAAUCAUGAUUGUGAUCCUAAUGCACACAUCAUAUGGAUAGACAACGCUCAUGCAAAAUUGAAGGCACUCCGUGACAUUGAUGAAGGAGAAGAACUCAGAAUCUGCUAUAUUGAUGCCAGCCUGGACCGCGAUGCCCGACGAGAGCUACUGUUUCGAGGUUUUGGUUUUCAAUGCAAUUGUCAUAGGUGCUUACAUGGCGAUUAG